AUGGCCGAUAGCCAUGAAAUCUACAACCUCGGCAGAUUGUGCGAAGGUGCUUUUCACGACCUUCUCAGCGACAGGUCUCUGGCUAGCUUUCCCAUCGUGGACGUCCUGUACCAACAUUUCCAGCAAUGGGCAUCCUAUCUCGGCGUGUUCGCCGAAGAGUCGAUAUCCCUCGACUCCCGGUUAAGGACCAGCGACUCUCUGCGAACCUUGGUUCUGCAGCUGUUAGAGAUAACAAAACGGAACUUGAUCCGUACCAUGGCUAUUGAAAAUGAGAAGACAGGGUCCAAGUCUCCAGCAUCGCUUAUCGAGAGUAUGGACCGGAGGACCUCCGAAAACGUGUCGUCGCCGUUGGUGGAAACGUUGCAAGCGUUGGAAGCUGCCCUCGACAGCUUGCAUCGACUAGGUGUGGCGAUGCGUCAGACGUCGUCCAGCAAUUUGACCCAGAGAAUUGUCGCAUUCAUAGAUAAAGAGGAUGAUGGUGACCUUCAGGAUCUCAUCUGCUUCCGUCUUAAGCACAAACUUAUGGCCUCAGCCAGGAACCAGGGCAAGGACACCGGCCCGCCUCUAUCGCUGUGCAAGCAAUUAGCAGUGUCCAUCUCGUUUAGAUAUUUCAGGAUUCGACGCCACGUUGAUGAGGAUCUAAAGUUAUACGCUUGUAUAUCGGAGCAAUGCUUGGAGCCGCCGCAGCUCUUUUCGCGGUUCGAUGACUGGUGUCGUCAUAUGGACCAAGUUCACUCACCGCGCUGGGCAGAGACUGUCCACGGGAUUCCAUUCUGGUGUUGCGAUACAAACCACGAGGUGCUCAACUUUGACGAUGAGGCGGCCUUUGACAGGCACGUCAUGGAGCAGCACCCCGAGUAUGAUACCCAGUCCGACAUAACCCUACUGAAAGAGUGGUGCCGGAUACGGCGAGAUAGGCCGCCAUAUACUUGUCCAAUUUGCGGUUGCGUGCCCCGUGAAAUCGCGUUAAUCGCACCAUGGCUUGUUGAAGAGGACAGCUUCAACGAACUCCCAAAGCGGAAAGCAAAACGUCCCGUCCAAAUCCGUGGCGAUCUCGACGCUGAUUUUCGAAGGAAAUUGUCCCUCCACGUUGCGUGCCAUAUCAAGGAGCUUGGAUUCAUGUCAAUCAUAUACCUAGACGACGGGUCAGACGAUGGGUCGGGGGCUGGCCAACGUCCGUCGACUCUUCUCGACGAGGAGUGGGGUUUCCCGCCUAGCCCUUCCGACUUGCAGGAUUUGGAUCCAGAUUUCGAGGGCUAUAAUGAGUCAUUCAUUCCAAAACCUUUAGAUGAGAAUAUAUUUGAGUUGGAUUGGGCAAGAGUAAUGACUCUACGUCCUUCCGAACCCAUCAAACCGCCAGAUCAAAUACCCUCAGAAAAUGAGGAUAGUCUGCAAGAGAAACCUGCCGAAAAUGCACUAGACUUCCCUUCAAAAUCAGUGGAAGACGCUAAGCAGUCCAGCCACAGCCGCAGAAAAGGCAAGGGUCGGAAACAUCAGAUCUGGAGCGCAUGGGGCGAGUGGAUCUGGUCCAAAACAUACUCCAGAUACUAUCGUCAGCGCCAGGACAAUCUCGGUAAUAUCGAAACGGCUUGGGGCCCGGAAGAGCCGGACGUUCGCGGCGAGCAUGGAGAGCCUGAUGAAGUCCAUUCCGAUCAGCCUUCCACAUUACGCUCAGAUGAUGAAGGGGAUACGGCAACAUACGAGGGGUAUGCGAGUGUUGCGGAACAUCCUCAUAUCGCCGGUCCUCCAAACAAGGAUCCCGAGAUACUUGACCCGAUAGGGAGUGUUCUGGAUGAGGAUUUCGAGUUAAUGUACGACUCGGUUGAUGCCGAUUGGGAGCAGAGGACAUUCAGAAAACGAAGGCGACCCGGCCCAGAGGUCCAGGAAGGAAAAGCAGAGGGCAGAUAG